AUGUCCGAAAGAACUGCAAGAGAGAGUUUGUAUACAUUGUCAAGGGGUGUUGUUGAAACUUUUGGAGACGUGUAUUUGCGGAAACCUUCGUUGCAUGAUUUGCAAGAAUUGUAUGCGGCGCAUGAAGAACGUCAUGGGUUUCCCGGAAUGAUCGGAAGCAUUGAUUGCACACACUGGAAAUGGAAAAAUUGUCCGGUAGCAUGGAAAGGGCAAUACGCAAGUGGUCAUCACGGAUCACCUUCAUUGGUGUUAGAGGCUGUCGCUUCUCAAGAUUUAUGGAUUUGGCAUGUAUUUUUUGGGGUUGCAGGUUCCAACAACGACGUCAACGUUCUUGAUCAAUCGCCAAUAUUCGACGAUCUUUUGAAUAGAAAAGCCCCAGAUGCUCCUUUCACGGUGAAUGGAAACGAAUACAAAUAUGGCUAUUACCUUACAGAUGGAAUAUAUCCUCAGUAUUCCACAUUCGUGAAGGCAUUCCGCCACUCGGUUGAAGAACGAGACAAUUUUUUUAAAAGAAGACAAGAAAGAGCACGUAAGGAUGUGGAACGUGCUUUUGGGGUGUUGAAGGCGAAGUGGCAUAUAGUUGAACAUGCAGCAUGA